GUCUGUAUCAUUGUCUCCUCAACCGCACUGGGAUGACUGGCAAAGAGUUCACAGCAAACCCUUUUGAAGAUCUGGUGCUUAAACCACAAGACGCCAACAACCUCCUCGACAUCGUCAACACUAUCGUCCAUACCGGCUUCGAGCGUUAUGAGAAUUUCUGGACCGUCGAGAAGGCGAAAGUCAACACGGUCAAGUGGAAGCUCAUCAAGUCCAAGGAUAACAGCCACGUCUUCUUGGAGCAACAACCUCAGCGUACUUCAGCGUCUCUGUGUGAUGAUUCGAUGGCGGAAUUGCCCUCUCUUCUCUGCGUUGGAGCCUCUUCAGGAUCACUUGACGAUGUCAUGCUAGGUGUGGUCAAUCCAACACUUGAAAGCAUGCGCAUCAAGGCCUCGUACGUCAACGACCUCAGCGGAGCCGCAGUGCUUUCUAACGUCGUGAUGCCUUCAAACGAGGAUCCGUUCCGCUCCGUUGUGGUCAAGUGGAUGGAACUAGACAUACCAUUCCAGUCCACUGGUCUUGUCCAGAACCGUGACUACGUGUACGUCGAAGCUACAGGGGUGACUGAGACUUUCGAUGGGGAACGCGUUGGAUUUCACGUCCUCCACUCAGUAAACUUCCCGCAAACUCACAGUCUACCCAACCGAGUCCGUGCCAAUAUGUCGAUCUGUGGGUUCUUCCGUCAAGUCCGACCGAACCUCGUGAGUGUAUACGUCACGGGGAUCAUGAAUCCUAUAGGCAGCGAUCGUGUUCGUCGCUUGGUGGUGUCGAAUAUGGCCAACUCGUUCUUAUCAACGCUAAAGUACGCUCAUUGCGGUCAGAUGAAGAAGUUAGCGUGGGCUCUGGACACUGCGUAUUCCAAGUUGAAGGUGGUUGGUACACCCGAUCCAGAGCGAAUUUGCGUGAGUUGCAGGAAGACGGUGUCGCGACGGGUUGGUGAUUUUGGUAAGGGCGGAGAUACAUGCAAACUCUGCUUCGGACUUGUGUGUGGCACGUGUAAACUGCAGAGGAAGAUCAGCUUUGUGGGGCCAGAUCUCCGACUAGCACAGAGGAAAGUCAAGUUUUGCGCCGUGUGCUUGAAUGGGACACUGAAGAACGACGCGUGCCAAGCAGCUAGAAGGCAGAUUCGUUCUGACAUCCGUGCAUCCAAAGUAUCUCGAAAUAUGUCAGUCUACUCGGAUCUGAGCACGGUGUCUUCAGGCGAACUUCCUACAGAAGAACCUCCCAGAUUCUCGUACGGAUUUGUUAUUUUUUAAGUGUACAGUAGAAAUGAAUACUCGUUGAAAGGCAGACCAGGCCAUUCCUUAGCCUCUUCAUCUUCCACCACUUUACCUCCAACUGAACUACUCUUUAACAUAAAGUGAAUGUGCAU